UUCCCUCCCGGGCCGCCCACUGGAGUGCGCUGUGUUCCGCUUCCCGUGGCAUCCCGCCGAGGUAACCCGCGGCCCGGGUCCUGGCUGGUCGCUCGAGCAGGCCUCCCCGUCGCCGCCACGAUGCCCUGCGUGCAGCUGCCCGCCAAGGAGAGCGCCCUCUUCAAGCGCGUGCUGAAAUGUUACGAACAGAAGCAGUACAAAAAUGGCCUCAAGUUUUGCAAGAUGAUUCUUUCUAACCCGAAGUUUGCUGAACAUGGAGAGACUUUGGCUAUGAAAGGAUUAAUACUGAACUGUUUAGGAAAAAGAGAAGAAGCAUAUGAAUUUGUUCGUAAAGGACUUCGCAGUGAUGUCAGGAGUCAUGUCUGUUGGCAUGUAUACGGCCUCCUGCAACGUUCUGAUAAGAAGUAUGAUGAAGCUAUUAAGUGCUACCGAAAUGCUCUCAAAUUAGAUAAAGAUAAUUUGCAAAUCUUGAGGGAUCUCUCCCUAUUGCAGAUUCAGAUGAGAGACCUUGAAGGUUAUCGAGAGACGAGAUACCAACUUCUUCAGUUGCGUCCAACACAGCGUGCUUCCUGGAUUGGAUAUGCCAUCGCUUAUCAUUUGCUGAAAGAUUAUGAUACAGCGCUAAAGCUAUUAGAAGAAUUUAGACAAACGCAGCAAGUUCCUCCCAACAAAAUAGCUUAUGAAUAUAGUGAACUGUUACUAUAUCAGAAUCAAGUGAUGAGAGAGGCAAAUUUAUUUCAGGAAUCUUUGGAACAUAUAGAAACAUAUGAGAAGUUGAUAUGUGAUAAACUUUUGGUGGAAGAAAUUAAGGGGGAAAUGCUGUUGAAAUUGGGAAGACUAAAAGAAGCCAGUGAAGUAUUCAGAAACUUGAUUGAUUGGAAUGCUGAAAAUUGGUGUUACUAUGAAGGCUUGGAAAAGGCAUUGCAACUCCGUUCUCUAGACGAGAGGCUUCAGGUUUAUGAGGACAUCAGCAAGCAGCACCCCAGAGCGUUUUCACCCAGGAGGUUACCGCUGAGUUUCGUCCCAGGUAAAAAAUUUCGAGAACUCAUGGAUAAGUUCCUGAGACCAAACUUUAGCAAAGGGUGUCCACCUCUGUUCACUACUUUGAAAUCUUUGUAUUGUAAUACAGAAAAGGUUUCAAUAAUCCAGGAACUUGUUACUAGUUAUGAAGCUUCUCUUAAAAUGAAUGGCUAUUUUAGCCCUUAUGAGAACGGGGAGAAGGAACCCCCAACAACCCUAGUCUGGGUCCAGUAUUUCCUGGCACAGCAUUAUGAUAAACUUGGGCAGUAUUUUCUGGCUUUGGAAUAUAUUAAUGCUGUAAUUGCUAGUACUCCAACACUAAUAGAAUUAUUCUACAUGAAAGCAAAAAUUUACAAGCAUAUGGGUAAUCUCAAAGAAGCUGCACAGUGGAUGGAUGAAGCACAGUCUUUGGACACAGCCGACAGAUUCAUCAAUUCCAAAUGUGCCAAAUACAUGCUUCGAGCAAAUAUGAUAAAAGAAGCAGAGGAAAUGUGCUCCAGGUUCACAAGGGAAGGAACAUCUGCCAUGGAGAAUCUAAAUGAAAUGCAGUGUAUGUGGUUUGAGACGGAGUGCAUUUCUGCCUAUCAGCGCCUGGGGAGAUACGGGGAUGCCCUGAAAAAGUGCCAUGAAGUGGAGAGGCAUUUUCUUGAGAUAACCGAUGAUCAGUUUGACUUCCAUACGUACUGCAUGAGAAAGAUGACCCUCCGUGCUUAUGUUGGCCUCUUGAGAUUAGAAGAUACUCUGAGAAGACAUGCUUUUUAUUUCAAGGCUGCUAGAUCAGCAAUUGAAAUAUAUUUGAAAUUACACGAUAACCCUUUAACCAAUGACAGCAAACAAGACAUAGAUUCGUCAGAGAACCUGUCAGCCAAAGAACUGAAGAAAAUGCUUAGCAAGCAAAGAAGAGCUCAGAAAAAGGCUAAGGUAGAAGAAGAGAGAAAGCACACAGAAAGGGAACGCCAACAGAAAAAUCAAAAGAAAAAAAGAGAAGAAGAAGAAGAAGUUACCAGUGGUCAUAAGGAAGAACUUAUUCCUGAAAAACUAGAAAGGGUUGACAAUCCAUUAGAAGAAGCCAUCAAGUUCCUCACUCCUCUGAAAACCCUUGCUGCUGAUAACGUUUAUACCCACCUGCUGGCCUUUGAAAUAUAUUUUAGAAAAGGGAAGUUUUUGCUAAUGUUGCAGUCUGUUAAACGAGCCUUUGCCAUUGAAAGUAACAAUCCUUGGUUACAUGAGUGCUUGAUUAAGUUUUCUAAAUCUGUCUCUAAUCACAGUAAUCUUCCAGACAUUGUGAGCAAAGUUCUAGCUCAAGAAAUGAAGAAGAUAUUUGUCAACAAAGAUUUGCACAGCUUUAAUGAGGAUUUUCUCAGACACAAUGCUACCUCUCUUCAGCAUCUACUUGCAGGUGCUAAAAUGAUGUAUUUUCUGGACAAGUCAAGGCAAGAAAAAGCAAUUGCUACAGCCACUAGGUUGGAUGAAACUAUAAAAAAUAAAAAUGUGAAGACUCUAAUAAAGGUGUCUGAGGCCCUCCAGGAUGGCAGCUUUGGGAACUGUAGCUCCCAGUAUGAAGAGUAUAGGAAGACCUGCCAUAGCCUGCUCCCACUCACACCUGCUUUCCUGCCUGCUGCAAGGGAAGCCCUCGGUCUCAGUGCUGAGCUCAACCACACAGCUGACCACAAGCUCUUAAUGAAUGAAAUUUGAAUCUUGUGGGAAGUUGCUCCUAAGACUCAAAGCCGAAUUCACAUCAGGGUUUCUUUUUCACUGUACAUUUUAAACUGGUGUAAAAUAAAAUAUUUGGAUAGAAGGGGUUUUUUUUGUUUGUUUGUUUUUUUUUGUUUUUUUUUUUUG